CCAGAACAAGUAGGAUGAACUGUCAAGUUACCUGCUUAAAGGCGCCGCGGUCGAGUCUGUGUGUGCGUGUGUGUGCGUGUGGCGGUGUUUGUGUGUGGGAACGGGAAUGCCAACCGGACAGCCACGAUGUGAACGGUUUUACGAUUACAAAGUUAAGGAAACAUAGUGCGAGACUAUAAAUAGAAACAUAAAUCGUUGGACUAGUUUGUGGAGUAGAUUGAAUUAAGAUGUAAAUUCAGGAAAAACAACUGAAGUCGCCUCGACCGUGACUUUGAGUCAAUGGGAUACCUGCAUCUCAAACUCUUUGGAAGUAUGCCGUGGUUAAGAAGAAGAGUGAAACUGUUCCCGUUUGGAUUUAUGACUGAGCGACCUGAGACCUUUGGAGAUUCAUAAUUUGAAGCGUGUGUUUGUUGAUGUUGUUUUGUUGUUGUUUUUAAAUGCCAUUCCAGGAAACGAUCAGAUUUCGUUUGGGUCCAGAUCACCAACAUGUCAAAAGUAAUUCAGAAAAAGAACCACUGGAUUACAAAAGUAAACGAGUGCGCAGUUAGACGAGACGGAGUAGGGCGGCUGCAUGUGGAGCUGGACGGGGGAGCAGAGAAUGGAGAGUUUUCAUACAUUGGACACGUACGAGAGGAUGCUGUCGUUUUUCAGAGAGGGAAACUCCACGAAGGAGAAUUACUUUUGGAAGUUGGGGGUCAACCUGUACCGGGUUUACCCACCUAUGACAUAUUGACUAUGAUUGAGAGCUGCAAGGGAGCUGUCAGUUUGAAAACUGUCCGCCAAGGGAACAAGCUGAACAAGGACCUGAAGCGCUACCUGGGCCUGCGCUUCCAGAAGUCCUCCCCGGACCAUGAGCUGCAGCAGAACAUCCGGGCCAACCUGUACCGCCACGCCGUGCCUUGUACGACCCGCCCUCCUCGUCACGGAGAGGUCUCUGGGGUCGAUUACAACUUCCUGUCGGUCCAAGACUUCCUGGAGCUUGAUGAGACUGGGACGCUUCUGGAGAUAGGAACGUAUGAAGGUAACUAUUAUGGGACCCCCAAGCCGCCCAGGCAGCCCCUUAUUGGGGCGCUGAUUCUGGGUGAUGCGGGCCCCCAGCCGUCAACCCCCAAGCGCACCAGGUCCUACCAUGACAUGCAACACGCCCGCGUAGCGCCCGAUGACCACGACGAUGACGACCUGGCCUCGGAAAUGAACAACAGUUUUACAGGAACCUUAGUGCGUAGCUUCUUCCCCUCUCCCCUGCUGUGCACAGGUAACCCUACUGACCCGGACGAGAGCCGCGGCGGCGUGCUGCGCCCGUACCCGGCCCGGGAGAACGCUCCCUCCUACGGUCUGAACAAUGCCCCAACCUCCACCGCCGACAGCGGCCAGCAGACCCUGGCCGAGCCCCAGGCCUCGCCCGAGGACCCCCUCGGGCCUCUGCCAGACAACUGGGAGAUGGCCUACACGGAGAACGGAGAGCUCUACUUCAUAGAUCAUAACACAAAGACCACAUCGUGGCUGGAUCCCAGAGACAAGGCCUCCAAACCUCUGGAAGAGUGUGAUGACGAUGCAUCCUUUCUUCAACUUGGAGAAGAAGGGAUUCAAACUGAGGACCUGGAGAGUGAUAUAGAGCUGCCUCCAGGAUGGGAGAGGAUAGACGACCCUGUGUACGGCGUCUAUUAUGUGGAUCACAUCAACAGGAAGACCCAGUACGAGAACCCGGUGAUGGAGGGCCGCCGGCGGGGCCACCUGGAGCACCAGCACCAGCCGCAGCCUCCUGAAGGUGAGCGGUACAUUCGAGAGUGGAUAGAGGAGCACGCCUCGGUGGGGGCCCCUCUGGCUAACUUUAACCCCAACCACCUGGAAACGUACCGAGACCCCCAGGUCCCCCCUCCAUUACCCCCGGGCCCCGGAGCCGCCAAGAGAGGGAAGCCGUUCUUCACGCGGAACCCUGCCGAGCUGAAGGGGACCUUCAUCAACACCAAGCUGAAGAAGAGCCGCCGUGGGUUCGGCUUCACCGUCGUCGGGGGCGACGAGCCAGACGAGUUCCUGCAGAUCAAGAGUCUGGUGCUGGACGGGCCCGCGGCUGUAGAUGGCAAGAUGGAGACAGGUGACGUGAUCGUGAGCGUGAACGACACCAUCGUGCUGGGCUACACCCACGCCCAGGUGGUGAAGAUCUUCCAGUCCAUCCCCAUCGGCUCCAUGGUGGACCUGGCGCUGUGCCGCGGCUACCCGCUGCCCUUCGACCCCGACGACCCCAACACCAGCCUGGUGACCUCGGUGGCCAUCCUGGACAAGGAGCCCAUCAUCGUCAACGGGGGCCAGGAGGCGUACGACUCGCCCUCGGGCCACGGCGGCCAGGGGGGCCCGAACAACGGCAUGCGGGACCCCCGGCCACACAGCCCGUCGGGGGACGCGGCGUCCAACGGCUCGCACGGCGGCUACCCCAGCGACGUGCAGAGCCUGGCGUCGUCCAUCGCCACGCAGCCGGAGCUCAUCACGGUGCACAUGGAGAAGGGCGACAAGGGCUUCGGGUUCACCAUCGCCGACAGCCUGACGGGCGGGGGCCAGCGGGUCAAGCAGAUCGUGGACUACCCGCGCUGCCGGGGACUGCGCGAGGGCGACAUCCUGAUGGAGGUGAACAAGAGGAACGUGCAGAACAUGAGCCACAACCAGGUGGUGGACCUGCUGAGCAAGUGUCCCCGGGGCAGCGAGGUCACCAUGCUGGUGCAGAGAGGAGUGGUGCCCGCCAAGCGCAGUCCAAAACUGGUGCAGUUGGAGAGGAAAGACAGCCAGAAUAGCUCCCAGCACAGCGUGUGCAGCCACCGUAGCACCCACACCGACUCCCCCAGCCACCCACCCAUGGUGAUGCCCGGUGAGGCAUUGGGUCCCACGCCCGCCGCCCCCACCCAGCCCCUGCCAUGCCUGCCCCCCCACGACCCCGCCGACGGCAACCUCACCCUGCAGAAGAAGCCAGACCCCUUCAAGAUCUGGGCUCAGUCCAGGAGCAUGUACGAGAGUCGACUGCCAGAUUCUCAGGAGCAGGACAUAUUCCUGUGGCGGAAGGAUACUGGUUUUGGCUUCCGCAUCCUUGGAGGAAAUGAGGCUGGCGAACCGAUCUACAUCGGCCACAUCGUGAAGUACGGUGCGGCGGACGAGGACGGGCGGCUGCGGUCGGGCGACGAGCUGACCUGCGUGGACGGCACGGCGGUGGUGGGCAAGUCCCACCAGCUGGUGGUGCAGCUGAUGCAGCAGGCGGCCAAGCAGGGCCACGUCAACCUCACCGUGCGGCGCAAGACCUCCGCCUACGGAGUGUCCAAGGGGGAGGGCGACGUGCCCCCGUCCCCGGCCUCCUCCCACCACAGCAGCACCCAGGCCCCCAGCCUGACGGAGGGCAAGCGCACGCCGCAGGGCAGCCAGAACUCCCUGAACACGGUGAGCUCGGGUAGCGGCUCAACCAGCGGCAUCGGCAGCGGCGGCGGCGGGGGCAGCGGCAGCGCCGUGGUGCCGGCCAGCCUGCAGCCCUACGACGUGGAGAUCCAGCGCGGCGAGAACGAGGGCUUCGGCUUCGUCAUCGUGUCGUCCGUGUCCCGGCCCGACGCCGGCACCACCUUCGCGGGAAAUGCUUGUGUGGCCAUGCCCCACAAAAUAGGCCGCAUCAUCGAGGGCAGCCCGGCGGACCGCUGCGGGAAGCUGAAGGUGGGCGACCGCAUCCUGUCUGUCAAUGCCUGCUCCAUCACCAACAAGUCCCACUCGGACAUCGUCAACCUCAUCAAGGAGGCCGGGAACACCGUCUCGCUCCGGAUCAUCCCAGGUGACGAGUCAUCGAACGCCUCUCUGCUGACAAACGCAGAGAAGAUCGCCACCAUCACCACUACUCACAACCCCCAGACAGAGACCAGAAAUAACUCAAAGUCUAAAGGAGCGCCACCGCCUCCACCAUCACAGGCUCAGUCCACACAAGACGCUGAGUUCUACUCGGUGGACCUGGAGCGGGACAGCAAAGGCUUUGGGUUCAGCCUGCGGGGGGGCCGGGAGUACAGCAUGGACCUGUACGUGCUGCGGCUGGCCGAGGACGGGGCGGCCGUCCGGAACGGCAAGAUGAGGGUAGGGGACGAGAUCCUGGAGAUCAACGGUGAGAGCACAAAGAACAUGAAGCACGCGCGCGCCAUCGAGCUGAUCAAGAACGGCGGCCGGUGGGCGCGGCUCGUCCUCAAGCGGGGCGACGGAUCCGUGCCAGAAUACGACGGCAGCAAUGACGGGUACCCUCCCACACCCGGGGCACAAGACUCUGCGGAAGUGAGACAUCUGCCGCCCAAGAGCCGAUAUCACACCUCAUUGGAGUCCAGCUAUCCACCAGACCUUCACACACCAUCACGCCAGGAGGAGGCGGUGCGCGGGCGAGACAGAGACCGGGCCGGGGCGGACCGGAUGGACUAUGAGGGCCGGCAGUUCCCCCCCCACCAUCAUCACACCUGGAACAACAACAACCACAGCAAAAGUACUCCCAGACAACCGUCUCCCGACAACCAGAGCAGCGGCGGCGGCAAGAAGGGCCGAGGGCGCAAGGUGAAGAAAUCAGAGUCGGAGAGCGGCAUCUCCAAGCUGCUGAAGACCCUGAGGAAGGACAGCUCGGGGAAGAAGGCGGCCGAGAAGGAGCGGGGGAGGGAGCGCGCCACCAGCCACAGCAGCAGCUCCACCCUCGACCCGAGGACGGCGCAGCCCCAGCGGCGCGGCUCCCUGGACCGCUCGCCCACCCGGAAGCGCAACUCCUCCCCCGACCGCCGGCGGGCCAAGUCCAUGGACCGGCGGGCGGAGCGGGCGCCGCCGCGCGACCGCACGCCUGAGCGCGAGAACGAGCACGACGACGGCGGCUUCCUCAGCGUCACGCCCGACCGCAAGUCGUACGAGCGCCGCCUGCUGCAGGACCCGCAGACGCCCCGCCGCGGUAGCGGCGGCGGUGGUGGUGGCGGCAGCGCGGCCGGCACCCCCGAGCGCGCCAACAACAACAACAACCACCACCACGCCGCCGACUCGCUGUCCCUCCUCAGGGGCCGCACGCCCGACAGAGCCGCCAUGAACAACGGCAACUUCCUGAGGGACUCCUCCCCACAGCGGGGCCUGGCCAACGGGACGCCAGAGAGGCGGUAUCGUACGGAGCGCGACUCCUCGCCGGAGAGCAACUAUAGCCGGGAGGAGGUGAACUACGCGCCGGUGGUGGCGGGGGGCCCCAGGCUCAAGGACUACUACAGCAUGAUGAAGAACAACGCUGGCCACAACAACGCGGGCCACUUCAACGCCACCGGCCACAACAAUAACACGCUGGGCCCGGGCCAGGGCCAAGGCCAGCUCCCUGAGCCCAAGAGACGGCUGUACAAGGAGAGUCCCAAAGACCUGAGUAUCUAGAGCCGGAAAACAGAGAGCCCUCUCCCCUCGCGCCCCUCUCUCCCCUCCCUCCCUCCCUCCCUCCCUCCCUCCCUCCCCCCGUCUUAUGUGUGGAAACCUAUGUACUAUACACUGGAAGUGAACUUAAACUGAGGACACAAAACUCCUUGUGAAUGGUUGGAUCCAUUGGUUGAGUAAUAGUCGAUUGAUUGAGUUAGCUGACUUAAGUCCUUGUGAUCCCAGCUAGAGAAUCAAUUAAAGAAAAAAAAUAUGAAAAAACUGCAGGAGUACGGCGCUUUGGGUUUCAUUCUGGUUGUUACGUUAUUGUUCUAGUUACUUUGAGCAUAAGAGAGGUUGUUGUAUACUGUAGUUCCGGUAUUGUAUGUGCCUGCAUAUGAAUAAUCAGUGAUGUUGCUUUUUACAGGCAUUUCUGAUCUCUAAAAUAUGUGUUUCCUCAGAGGUUUGAAGCAUUCUUCCAACGUUGGUGACUUGUUCAUCCAACACACAGGCUACUUUUCAAUGUAUUUGUCUUUUCCACUCCUGAGUUGCUUUAUUAAAUGAACAAUAGCACAAGACACUGAGGGUUCACAAGAGUUGGCAACGUGUUACUGGACAUUUAGGCAAAGUAUAAGGGAAGAUUCUGAUUCACAAAGUGACAAAUAUAAUGUAAUAUAUCCCCCCUCCCUACCAUUUGUUCACUAUUUAUUUUUUGAUCGGUUAAAAUUCAAAGGAGUAAGACUUGUAAAUGUUAUUUUUUCACUAUGUUUAAUUUCCGGGUUCAGAAAGUACAAAUUCUCACCAUUAUUUUGAGUAAUCCUUAGAGGAACAAAAUAACGAAGGAAAUGCAGUUGUCUCAAUGCAUGACUGGAGCAGAAGCAUGUCAGGGCUUUUACUUUCUGAACGUGGUAAAGGUCCUCGUCCAACCACACUUUUGAAACUCUCUGGUAACACCCUACUAAAUAUGCUUGGACACUUGAUGGUGUGGCAGCUAGCCCUCAUUCCCUAAACAUCCCCUAAACAUCCCCUAAACAUCCACGCACUGUAUUUCAGAGAAAGGUCAUUUAGACCUACCAAUACCCAGGAGUUAUUGAUCUCCCCCUCUCAAUUAACCACAACCCUGCUACAGGCUGAUCUCCACCACGUAUCAUGCUGCACACAGAUACUAUGUGCACAUAGAGAUUCAUCCAUGUAACUGUAACCAGUUCCAAUUGGUGUAACAACACCGACAUGGAGAGGACACCAGGUGAACUAACUUUGAUUUGAUUCGAUUAGAUUCAACGACAGAAAACAUUGCAUCGUCAAACGAGUCCUCUCCGUCCAAGAUGCAUGUGUGGCUGAGAAUAGCUACGUACUCAUCUCAUCCCAAGCAUUCCCACAGAUAUGGCGGUCACACCUCGCUCUAAACAAACCGGCGUCCGUCUGUCCGUCCGUUCGUCCAUCCGUCUCCCCCGGGUAUUGCGGUGGUGGGUCAUGGGACGGGGGUCAACUGUGGUCCGUUGCGGUACACAAGUCAGCUGAUCUGCCCACCUGAGCCAUUCUGUCACAGCACUGGAGUCUGACUGCUGCUUUGAUAACGUGUUUUAUGUGUGUAUUCUCUGUUUUAUGUUUCACUAAAGAACUAAAAAGAUAUUGGAUAGCCACAAACAAAAUGCAUUGUUUUAUCACUGUUGUCGUCAUGGUACUGUAUUUAAGAAGAAGAAGAAACAGAAGAAGAAGAUGAUGAUGAGGAAGAUAAAAAAGAAGAAACAUGUAGGAUGUUAAAAACCUGUUGGCCAUAACGUAAAAAUAAUUUUAAUGUGUAACUAAUAGGAACCUGCUAAGGAUUAAAAUGUUGCCUUUUUCUUGUACAAAAGAGAAAUUUAUGGGGAUCCUCAGCAGUGAGGAAUGUGAUGGUGUGUUUAUAUUACUGACAUGGACCUGGUGAUUCAAGGGGAGGUAUGUUCAUUUACUCUGAAUCAGGUAUAAAUAGACUAAAAUGGAAGACUGUAUUUGGUUGAUCAGAAGCUGUUUGAUGGUUUGAAUCUCUCUCUCUCUCUCUCUCUCUCUCUCUCUCUCUCUCUCUCUCGCUCUCUCUCUCUCUCUCUCUCUCUCUCUCUCUCUCUCUAUCUCUCUCUCUCUCUCUCUACGGUUAGCCUGCCUUUGUAUUAUAGAGCACUUGUAUGCAGUCUGUUUUCUUUAAGCAUUAUUUCUUGCAAUGUGCUCCAGGCACAUAAUGCUGUCUCUGUGUUGAUAAAAAGCAGUACAUGUAUAUGGGCCAAUCUUUUUAUUUUAUUUUAUAAAACUAUGCAUAUAUAAAUACUACAUUGUUCAUAGCUUUAUUUGACCCAUGAAGCUAUACAUAACAUUAGUCUAAGUACAAGUAGAUGUGGAAUUAUCCAAUAAAGCUUCUUUCCUUGAAAUGGAUCACACACUGUAUAUGUAGCUAUCAAAGGAAGUCUGUGAAUGCUAUUUUUAUUAUCAAAUAAAGUUUUCCAUACAAAUUCAAAA